AUGAAAGGUUCAUCUUCUUCCUCAAGAACCCUAAUGGACUUGUUUAAGCCACCAGCAGCAAAGCGUCUUAAGAUACUCUCUUCUCCUCCCCUUUCACCGCCAUCUGCAUCAUCAAAGGACGCAUCUUUAUUGUCAGCCUCAACCCUCACAUCGGAGGAGAAAUUAAAAAUGGAAUUCAACAAAGCCCUUGCCAAAUCCAAGAGGAACCUCAAACGCUGCUCCGAUGUAGUCUCCAAAUCCACUUCCAAAGGUAUCGAUGGAGUGGGGUAUGUAAAAUUGAAGGAGCUGUUGGUGGAGGAGACGUGGUUGGAAGUGCUUCCAGGUGAGCUUGAAAAGCCAUAUGCGGAGAAGUUGUGUAAAUUUGUGGAGAGCGAAAUAAGUUGUGGCAGCGUGCCGAUUUAUCCUCCUCCGAAUCUGAUCUUUAAUGCACUUAAUACCACUUCAUUUGACCGAGUUAAAGCUGUUAUCAUUGGACAGGACCCAUAUCAUGGACCUGGUCAGGCAAUGGGUCUCUCUUUCUCUGUAGCCAAUGGCGUGAAGGUCCCUUCAAGUCUUGUAAACAUUUACAAGGAACUGCAACAAGAUUUAGGCUGUUCAAUUCCCUCUAGUGGGAGUCUGGAAAAAUGGGCAGUACAGGGUGUUCUCUUGCUAAAUGCUGUUCUCACUGUUAGGCAACAUCAGGCAAAUUCACAUGCCAAAAAGGGAUGGGAACUAUUCACUGAUGCUGUCAUUGAAACAAUUUCACAGAAGAAAAGAGGGGUUGUUUUUCUUCUUUGGGGAAACUAUGCCCAGGCAAAAGCCAGGUUGGUCGAUGAGACAAAGCACCAUGUUCUCAAAGCUGCACAUCCUUCUGGUUUAUCUGCAAACCGGGGCUUCUUUGGAUGCAGGCAUUUUUCUCGUACAAACCAGAUUUUGGAGAAAAUGGGGACCUCUCCUAUAGAUUGGCAAUUAUAA